AUGUCGCAAACGACUCUAGGUGUCAAGGUUCUGGUGCAUAUUCCGCUACCACCAGGGUGGCUGCAGGAUCCCAGCGUUUUGCAUAAAGCUACCAGUGUCCGGCCCACGCUCGGGCUUGUGCAGACCACGGGGGUGGCUCACAAGUCACAGGCAAUCAAAGCACUGGCGAAGACCCUCUCCAAGAGAUCCCUCCCUAAGAGGUUGCGGAAUUCGGGCCGAGAUCAGAUCUUGACGGCGCUCAACAAGACCAGGGAACCCUGCGGGUGA